AUGGUUAAGAGGAACUGAGGGAGAGAGAAAGGUGAAUCUUUUAGAGAGAGUGAACAAAGAGUCCUUGUGUGGCCACUCUGGAGACAGGAAAACCAACUCAAAUUAUUUGGUUUUCUGUAAAUUCGUCUGCUUCGUCAAUCUCCAUGUUCUUCUUAUUCUUUCUCUUUUCAAUUAUUUCUCUGUAACUUACUACUCUGAUCUGCAUAUUCCUUCAGUUUCUUUCUCUCUCUAGUCGUCUUCUUCCUAAGUCGGUACGUUAGCAUUUUCUCAAUCCGCUGACUGACUCUUCCUCAGACUGUAUCGCUCUCCUUUUCGCUUCUUCUGUUGCUUGGAAACCUUCAACCCUAUCACCGCUUCCGCCAUGUCGACGAAAUCUAGAUCUAGUUUAUCUGAAACUCCCAACAAGGCGUCGCCUGCAACACAAACUCCGAACAAGACAUCACCUGCAACGCCAAGAGUUAGUAAACUCAGCAAAGGAGUGCCCAAAGCAGAACCUGAGUCCCCAUCACCUUUACAAAAUUCACGCCCUUCUGUUGAACGAUCGCCACGAUCUGUGAAUUCAAAGGUCACUGUCGAGCGCAAAUCACAAAAACUCGGCACCGCGCCUGAGAAGCCACUUCCAAGAGUUGCUAAGGGUUCAGAAUUGCAGACCCAGUUGACUCAAGCUCAGGAUGAUCUAAAGAAAGCAAAGGAACAGCUGAUUCAAGUUGAGAAGGAGAAGGGAAAAGCAAUUGAUGGAUUGAAAGAAGCGCAGAGAGUGGCUGAGGAAGCAAAUGAAAAACUCAAGGAGGCAUUGAUGGCUCAGAAGCGGGCUGAGGAGAACUCUGAGAUUGAGAAAUUUCGAGCUGUUGAACUGGAACAGGCUGGAAUUGAAGCUGUAAAUAAGAAGGAAGAAGAAUGGCAGAAAGAGCUUGAAAGUGUGAGGAACCAGCAUGCUUUAGAUGCUGCUGCUCUUCUCUCUACCACUCAAGAGCUUCAGCGAAUUAAGCAAGAACUUGCCAUGAUUACUGAUGCAAAGAACCAGGCGCUAAGUCAUGCUGAUGAAGCUACUAAAAUUGCUGAGAUUCAAGUGGAGAAAGCUGAAACUCUUUCAGCUGAAUUAGCUCGGGUGAAGUCUUUAUUAAAUUCAAAGCUUGAAACAGAGGCUGGAGAAAAUAAGAUUGUAUUGGAGCUGAAAACUGAGAUAGGAAGUCUCAAACAAGAGCUUGAAAAAGCAAAAGAUUAUGAGGCAAUAUUAACCAAGAAAGAGAUUUAUAUCGAACAACUUAAUGUGGAGCUUGAAGCUGCAAAGUUGGCAGAAUCUUAUGCCCACAGUGUGCUUGAUGAGUGGAAGAAAAGGGUCGAGCAGUUAGAAGCAAAGCUUGAAGAAGCAAAUAAGUUGGAGAGAUCAGCAUCAGAAUCGCUGGAAUCUGUAAUGAAGCAGUUAGAAGGAAACAACGAUUUGUUACAUGAUGCAGAAUCUGAAAUUGCUACACUCAAAGAAAAGGUGGGUUUGUUGGAAAUGACAAUUGGCAGGCAAAAAGGUGAUCUUGAGGAUUCAGAGCAUCGACUUCUCAUGGCUAAGGAAGAAAGUCUUGAAAUGUCCAGGAAGAUUGAGCUUGUGGAAGCUGAACUUGAAACAGUGAAGGAAGAGAAAGCCCAGGCUUUAAAUAACGAAAAGCUUGCUGCUUCUAGUGUGCAGACUUUAUUAGAAGAGAAGAACAAACUUAUCAAUGAAUUGGAGAAUUCUAGAGAAGAAGAAGAAAAGAGUAAGAAGGCAAUGGAAAGCUUAGCUUCUGCAUUACACGAAGUGUCUGCUGAAGCCAGGGAAGCCAAAGAAAAGCUGUUAACUAGCCAAGCUGAUCAUGAAAACUAUGAGACCCAGAUUGAGAAUUUGAAGUUGGUCUUAAAAGCUACUAAUGAAAAGUACGAGUCUAUGUUACAUGACUUGUCUCAAGAAGCCAGAGAAGCUAAAGAAAAGCUGUUGUCCAGCCAAGCUGAUCGUGAAAAAGAUGAGACAGAGAUUGAAGAUUUGAAAGCAGUCUUAAAAGCUACUAAUGAAAAAUAUGAGGCUAUGCUUGAUGAGGCAAGGCAUGAGAUUGAUGCUCUUACACAUCACAUUGAAAAAUCUAAAGACGACUUUGAGGAGUCCAAGGUUGAGUGGGAGCAGAGAGAAGUUCAUUUAGUCAACUGCAUUAAGCAAACUGAAGGACAUAACUCUUCUCUGGAAAGAGAAUUGGGUAACUUGGUUCAAUCACUCAAGGAAAGUCAGGAAGAAGCUUCUGUCAGAAAGGAGGAAGAAGCUCAGCUGAAGGAAAACCUGAAGGAGGUCGAGGCUGAGGUGAUUCACUUGCAGGAAGCUCUUAAGGAAGCAAAGGCUGAGAGCAUGAAAUUGAAGGAGAGUUUAAUGGAUAAAGAGAAUGAGUUGCAGAGUAUUGUCCAAGAAAAUGGGGAACUCCGAACUAGCGAAGCUGCUUCUAUUAAGAAGGUGGAGGAGCUAUCUAAAUUGCUUGAUGAAGCUACAGCCAGAAACAAGACUGAGGAAAAUGGCGAUCUUAGUGACAGCGAGAAAGACUAUGAUUUGCUUCCUAAAGUAGUUGAAUUCUCUGAGGAGAAUGGGCAUGCAGGAGAAGACAUAUCCAAGGUAGAUGUUUCAGCCAAUCGGGAGGGAUUAAGGCAAAACUCGCAGGAAUCAAGUAUUAUCUUGAAUGACAAGUCUGAAAAAACUGAAUCCCCAAAGCAUGAGCAUGCGAAUGGAAAAUCAAAGGAAGAUGAGAAUAAAGAAAAGGAUGAUUCAGUUGAAGAUGAGUUUAAAAUGUGGGAGAGCUGUAAGAUAGAGAAGAAAGAGUUCUCACCAGAGAGAGAGCCAGAGCCUGAGUCCUUUGAAGAAGAAGUUGACUCAAAGAUAGAAGGUGGUGAGGGAUUUGAUCAGAUAAAUGGACCCUCUUCAACAGAGACCAUUGAUAAUGGUGGAAGCUCACCAUCAAAGGGGCAGCAGCUGAAGAAGAAGAAGAAGCCAUUACUAGGCAAGUUUGGAAGCCUGCUGAAGAAAAAGGGUGCUAGCAAUCAGAAAUAGAAAAACAAAAUACUCACUUCUGGCUUCGCCUGUGGCCAACUAUCAGGCAGGUAUAUUGGAUAUUAAUUUGUUUGCACUUGUUUGCCUUCUGAUUUUUACUUCUCGGAAUAGCUUUUAAAGGUUCACGAGGUUUGUAAUAUGGUUGUAGGACCUUUUUUCCUUAGUUACUUUUUUUUUUUUUUUGGAUGUGGUUCUUCAUGUUGGCAGUAAAUUGUAUGUGAUGAUUUUUUCUUAAUUCGUUUCUGGUCUUGUCCCUUGCCAUCCAAUUUAGAUUUGACGAGAGAAGUGGCAAGUUGGAUUGUAUUUUUACUUCAUCUGAUUUCUAAUGAAUGUCUAGAUAGAAGUUCCAUA